CUCUCUCUCUCUCUUCUCUCUCUCUCUUCUUUUUUUUUUGGGGGGUGGUUUUGCUUUGGAGUUUGCCGGAAAAUAUUAUAGAAGCUGGGAUUUUCUCGGGAGCCAAACGGUGGAGUUCGUCAAAUGUGAUGGGAAGUGGAGUGUCGAGCCUGCUGUCUUGCUUCAGACCGGAGAACCGGACGAGCAACCAGCCCGACCACAACCAACAGGACCUGGUUUUCGCGCCCUCUGAGCCCUUGGAUGAAACCCUAGGCCACUCCUUCUGCUACGUUCGAUCUUCCGCCCGCUUCCUCUCUCCCACUCAGUCCGAUCGCUUCCUCUCCCCCACUAGCUCCCUUCGCUUUUCUCCCUCUCACGAACCGUCCGGGUCGAGGGUCAGACCUGGUUUUCCGGAGACCGGGUUCAAGACCAUUUCCGGAGCUUCGGUUAGCGCCAACAGCUCCACUCCAAGAACUGUCCUUCAGCUCGACAAUAUUUACGACGAUGCCACUGACACUGUUCUUGGCACUACUGGUGCUGCUGGUGGUGGCGUGAGGGGGAGUAUUGUGAAUGGCUUUGAGAGCACGUCGUUGUUUAGCGCGCUCCCACUCCAGCCCGUGCCACGUGGCGGAGACCCCUCGGGCCCGAUGGAGCGGGGCGGUUUCUUCCUCUCGGGUCCAAUCGAGCGCGGCGCGCUGUCAGGUCCACUCGACACCAUCGCCGCCGCGAGCUCCGAAACCGGUGGUGCGGUCCCCUUCUCGGCUCCGCUCGGUGGUGCAUACGUUAAAAGGAGGAAGAGGAAGGGCAUUUCGGGGAUUCGGAAGGCGUUCUACCGGAAUUUUUCGGAGAAAAAGAGGCCGUGGGUGGUCCCGGUGCUCAAUAUGGUGGGACGCAAGGAAGGUUCAACGGAUGGGGACGAUUUGGCGGAGGUGAGGAACGAGAGCGAGAACGUACAGUGGGCGCUCGGUAAAGCCGGCGAGGAUCGUGUACACGUCGUCGUUUCGGAGGAGCAGGGGUGGUUGUUCGUUGGAAUUUAUGACGGGUUUAACGGCCCGGAUGCGCCCGAGUUCUUAAUGGGUAAUCUCUAUCGCGCCGUGUACAAUGAGCUCCAGGGCUUGUUUUGGGAAAUUGAGGAAGAAGCAGAGGAAGCCAGUAAUCUUAAUAAUAAUAAUACUAGUAGUAGUAGCAGUAAUAUUAAUGAUGGCGGUAAUUAUGAGAACUCAUUAAAUGUAGCUUUAGCAACUAACCCAUCCAUGGAAAACUCCGGGAGAGAGGUUAAAAGUGAAAUUGGUGGAAAUGGGAAUGAUUUGAAUUUGAAAUCGGACUCAAUUCCCGUUGAUAGAGUGUCGGCCAAGAGAGUGACAUUUCAAUUGGAGGGAACGGAAAUUCGGAGGCGUAGGCUUUGGGAAUUUCUCGCUGAGGAUGACCCAGAAGAUGGGCUCGAUCUUUCAGGAUCGGAUAGGUUUGCGUUUUCUGUGGAUGAUGCUCUUAGUGUGAACAAUGCAGGUUCGGCGGUCAGUAGACGGUGGCUUUUGUUGUCAAAAUUGAAGCAGGGUUUAUCGAAGCACAAAGAGGGUCAUGGCAGGAAGCUGUUCCCAUGGAGGUUUGGGUUGGAGGAGAAAGAGAAGGUUGAAGUUGAGCAUAGAACUGAGGAGAGGUCUUUGCGAAGUGGGAGGAAGAAGAAGGAGGGGCCGGUGAAUCAUGAUUUGGUUUUGAGGGCAUUGUCUCAGGCUCUCGAAGUUACAGAGCUCGCUUAUUUGGACAUGACAGACAAGGUUCUUGAUACGAAUCCGGAGCUUGCAUUGAUGGGUUCGUGUUUAUUGGUCGUGUUAAUGAGGGAUGAGGAUGUGUACGUGAUGAAUAUAGGUGAUAGUAGGGCUAUUGUUGCGCAGUACGAGCUGCAGGAGGUUGGUUCAAGUACAACCGAACCGAGGGAGCCAGAGGACAAUGGGUCAAGCAUGGAGGGAAUAACUGAGGAAUCCUCAGCUAUGGGUGAAAGGGAAUUUAAAGUGGCAUGCGAUGCUCCUGCUCAAGCAAUGAGAUUGGUGGCUUUGCAGCUCUCCACUGAUCACAGCACGAGCAUUGAAGAUGAAAUCAUAAGAAUCAAGAAUGAGCACCCAGAUGACAAACAGUGCAUUGUCAAUGAUAGAGUAAAAGGUCGUCUCAAGGUUACCAGAGCAUUCGGCGCAGGAUUUCUGAAACAGCCCAAAUGGAAUGAUGCACUGCUGGAAAUGUUUCGGAAUGAGUACAUUGGUACUGCCCCUUACAUAUCCUGCUCACCUUCUCUUCGUCACCAUAGACUCUGUCCUAGAGAUCAGUUCUUAAUCCUCUCAUCUGAUGGUCUAUAUCAGUAUCUGAGUAAUCAGGAAGUGGUUUCUCUUGUUGAGAGUUUCAUGGAGAAGUUCCCUGAUGGAGAUCCUGCACAACAUUUGAUAGAGGAGCUUCUUUUUCGUGCAGCCAAGAAAGCUGGAUUGGAGUUUCAUGAAUUAUUGGACAUCCCACAAGGAGAUCGCAGAAAAUACCAUGAUGAUGUCACUGUUAUGGUUAUAUCACUUGAAGGAAGAAUUUGGAAGUCAUCAGGAAAGUACCUGUGAAACCUUCAUACUCGAGUGAUCUACUAAUGAAAUGGCAGCUCCAAUUUUCAACUCGAGCCACUCGCAACCGGUAGCCGAAGUUUCACAAAUGAGCUUUAUUUUCUGUUGCACAGCAUACGAAUACUGCUAAUAGAGGGAGUCCUGUAUGUUUACUGGCAAAAGGCUAGUCUUAGAUAUUCAUCAAGGUUUCGAGUAGAUGCCAAAAAGAAUUGGUUCAAGGUUGAAAACGGGGAAUCUGCCAGCGGCGGUGGUGGGGAAAUGCUCUGUGGAGGAGAGAGAAAAACAAAUCUUGUUUUUUUUUUUUUCCUUCUCCUUUUUGGACUUUUUUUUUUGGUUAGAAAGAAAAAAAAAAAUAGAAAUUUUGCAUAGGAUGAGAGUCUUUUCAUUCAAUUGCUCUUUUUCUUUCUUCCUUUACAAAGCCUAGAAAUUGUGGUUGUAAAUUGGUGGGGGUUACAGAUUUACUUACAGAACUUGAUGGAUUCCCUUCUUGUCGACAAUGAGCUACUAUAAUUUUUGUGGUGGAUUUUGAAUUUUCACCACUUGCGGGUUACAAGAGUUGGGCAAUUUACUACUUAGAACAUUGUGAGCCUUCUGCUGCUUAUGAAAUUACUUGUAGAAUUACCAUCUUUCAAAGACAUUAACAAAUCAAUCAAUGAG